CCUUUUUCUUUUGUCAUUGGCAGGGGGUAGAUCAUUAUCAUCACAUCAGGCAGGCACUUGAGGUGUGAUUGACAUGGGAAGCAUUGAAUUUAUGCCAUCAAAUUUUACCCAUCAAGCUUCUUCACCUAUCAGGUCAUUUCCACACCCCACAUGUAUGGCUCAAAGGUCACACCAUUACUCCGGGGUCCAAAUCAAGGCUUGUCUUAAUUCAUUGCUACCAAAGAAUCACGUAAUUUCCAGGAAUUCCUCGGGUUGGCUUGACCUGCCAUCUUUGUCUUUGAAGCCUUCAUUUGAGAAGCAUUCUAUGGUAUUGCGAGCAUUAGUGACUUCUAAGACUCGAGAUGUAUCGACCACAUUUGUUAUUGGUGAAGAGAAGGUGGGAGUGUUAUUGCUGAACCUUGGAGGUCCAGAGACUCUUGAAGAUGUGCAACCUUUCUUGUUUAAUCUUUUCGCUGACCCGGAUAUUAUAAGGCUGCCAAGAUUGUUCCGUUUCCUCCAGAAGCCCUUGGCACAAUUCAUAUCUGUUAUGAGGGCACCCAAGAGCAAAGAAGGCUAUGCUUCCAUUGGUGGUGGUUCUCCUCUUCGAGAAAUAACUGAUGCACAGGCUGAAGAGUUGAGGAAAGCACUUUGGGCAAAAAAUGUUCCUGCAAAAGUGUAUGUCGGGAUGCGGUAUUGGCAUCCUUUUACUGAAGAAGCUAUUGAGCAGAUUAAAAGAGAUGGGAUAACAAAACUCGUUGUGCUUCCUCUUUACCCACAAUUUUCAAUAUCAACUAGUGGGUCUAGCCUCAGGCUGUUGGAGGGUAUAUUCAGGCAGGAUGAGUAUCUGGUUAACAUGCAGCAUACGGUUAUACCAUCCUGGUACCAGCGUGAAGGGUAUAUAAAGGCCAUGGCAAAUUUAAUUGAAAAGGAGCUAGAAAAGUUUGAUUUCCCUGAGAAGGUGAUGAUCUUUUUCAGUGCUCAUGGAGUCCCACUUGCAUAUGUGGAAGAAGCUGGUGAUCCAUACAAAGCAGAGAUGGAGGAAUGUGUGGAUUUGAUUAUGGAAGAAUUGGAGAAGCGGAGAAUAAGGAAUGCAUAUACUCUUGCUUAUCAGAGCAGAGUUGGUCCAGUGGAAUGGUUGAAGCCAUACACUGAUGAGACUAUCAUUGAGCUGGGACAAAAAGGGAUAAAAAGUCUUCUUGCAGUCCCUAUUAGUUUUGUCAGUGAACACAUUGAAACUCUUGAAGAGAUCGAUGUUGAGUACAAAGAGUUAGCUUUAAAAUCUGGCAUAGAAAAUUGGGGACGUGUUCCUGCUCUAGGGUGUGAAUGCACUUUCAUUUCGGAUUUGGCAGAUGCUGUAAUUGAAAGUCUUCCAUAUGUGGGAGCAAUGGCUGUUUCAAAUCUUGAAGCUCGUCAGUCUCUUGUUCCCCUUGGUAGUGUGGAAGAGCUAUUGGCCGCGUAUGAUUCACAACGGAGAGAACUACCCCCACCUGUAACAGUAUGGGAAUGGGGCUGGACCAGAAGUGCUGAAACAUGGAAUGGGAGAGCUGCCAUGUUGGCAGUGCUUGUUCUAUUGGUCUUGGAAGUGACAACCGGAGAAGGGUUUUUACACCAGUGGGGCAUAUUUCCCUUAUUUCACUGAAUGGAUGAAGCUUAGGUUUAUGUCUACAGGACAUUAGUAUAGAUUUUAGCCCAAAGAAUGUUACCCUUUUGCCGACUCUCAAGCCUUGAAGAGUCGUUCCUUGUUUGCUUUGUACUGUACCAUCCUCUACAAGCAAUGUGAUGGCGAUGACAAGCAAUGGGUGGAGUACUUUCUUUCCUCAAUGUGGAAGACAUGAUGGCGAUGGCAACCACUAACAAGCUUUCACAGGCAAUUGUCGACUGUACCUUGCUCGACAAAGAAAAUUUUGAAACAUGUUUCUUGAACUCUACUAAUCCAACUAACCAUAUCAGUGCUUUCUUGUCUGCAGUAAGUCUCUUGAGUACUGCUGAAAGCAAAUUACUUUUACUCCUGCUGCUCUUGAGGUCCCUGAUGAUGCCUGAGGAAUACAAUUUGUCCAACCUCUUGUUGCUUGGUAGUAUUAGAACCAUAUCCAAAAUUAGGAUCUUUUGUUUUGGCUGUAAUUUUCUUAAUGUGACACUUUAAACUUAAAUGUUCUCUCUUUUCUGUCU